AUGUGCAUGCAGCGACCGAGACGUAAGAACAUCCUGCAUCAGAAAAAGAAGAAGCUGGAAACCAAAUCCAGCCAUCAGCUUACGACAGAAAAUCAUCAUCCCCACUGCAAGGCCGCCGACAAUGCUAGAGAUGGUGCUCCAUUGAUUCGAAUAAGACAUCCGUCGUGCGACGAUCUUUCACCAGAUGCUCAACGAGCCGUCGAUGCUAUCGAGUUCAUUACAGAAAACAUGAAGGAUGAUGAAACCACGAAACAGUAUCGAGACGAUUGGAAAUUCGUAGCCAUGGUAGUGGAUCGUGUUCUUCUCUAUGGCUUCUUUGGAAUCACCCUAGGAGGGACGAUAGGGAUUCUAUUCUCUGCGCCCACAGUCUUUGAACGAGUCGACGAGCAAAAGCAUUUGCAGAAGCUUAUUCAACUCUACAAACAGGGUCUACCUGAAAACGACACGUUUACUUCACUAUACUGA